CGCCGCCGAAGUAGUGACAGAUGACUGCAGGCAGAAAUUUAAGAGCACGGAUACUUAAAAUGGAAGAAUUUUCAUCUGUCCAAACCUCCCAUGUCAGCCACUGAGAUGGAUAGGUUUGCCUGGUUUGGUAUGAAUGACCAAACAGGAGAUCUUUUUCGGUAGAAGCCUUUGUCACAGAUGCUGUGUCCCCUGUAAGACAUUGAGUGGAGGCCUCAGUGAAGAUGUAUCGCACUGAAGAUGAAAACUAUGCCACGGGUCCUGUUGCUGUUAUUCAGUCUAUCCGUCAUGACCAUGAUGUUUAUCGCCAAGUGCGGACUCAACAUUGACAACCACUUGAGCCAGAAAGACGGUGUGACAGGGCUGGGCAAAUACCCCGGGAAAGAACACUACGAGCAAUUGCUGCUGCAGAAAGACGAGAGUCACAAGGAAGAGGUGGCAAGGCUCAAAGAGCACAUUGCCUCAUUACAACGACAACUUAUCCUAGCGGAAGUCAAAGCACACAAUCUGAGUUCAGCCCUUAGAUGGAAUUCUUCGGCACCAAAGCCAGGGCGAGCCAACGUGUACCACACAACUGUGGGCCAAGUCAAAUACUUCUGGAACAAACUGCAAGAGGCCGAGAUUCUGAAGGGUCUGCCGUUGAAGACCGAAUAUGAUGUGGUGCCAUUCAAUCGCUUCACCCUCACCAGGAUUUAUAUGGUGGACCCAGGAUUGGGCAAGAGGGUGGUUGAAAAGCCUAUUGGCUUUAAGAAAAAGGACAUCCUUGAGGUAGUUGGAUUUGGUUUAGAAGCGCUCAAUAGGGAUCGACCUCCAGCAAAGAAGCGAUAUGUGAUGGACGACUUUCUGGAAGGUGUGUACAGGACUGAACCGACAACAGGAACUCACUAUGAGCUUUAUUACCGUAACAUUGACAACCGUGGGACCACAGCACAGUAUACUAAAGUCACAGUGAUGAGACCAUUCGGGCCUUUGCAGUCAGUUAAGACUGACCAGAUUCAGACCAGUAAGGAAUGGAUCAACAUUAUUGUUCCACUCUCUGGUAGGAUUGAAACAUUCCGCCAUUUUAUGGACAUGUUCGUCCAAAUUGGAAUUAAGCAGGACACAAAGGUUUAUUUGACUAUCGUGUAUUUUGGCAAUGAGGGAUUAGAGGAGGCGAAAGCUCUUAUGUCCAGGGUGUCCAAAACCUAUUCUUUCAAAAGUAUGAAAAUGAUCACUGUGAACGAGAAAUUUGCCCGCGGGAGGGGCCUGCAGCUCGGUGCUCUCAACUGGAAGGGAGGGGAUGUUCUUAUGUUUCUCUGUGAUGUGGAUAUUGUUUUUGGCACCGACUUCCUGGAGCGGUGUCGGCUGAACACAGAGCGAGGUAAGCGGGUCUACUACCCCAUGGUGUUCAGUCUUUACAAUCCUAAUGUUGUCUACAAACUUCAGGAUCAGGAGAUUCCAUCAGCUAAGGACCAACUCACCAUCUCUAAAGACUCUGGUUUUUGGCGAGAUUUUGGGUAUGGCAUGGCAUGCCAAUACCGUUCAGACUUCUUCAAAGUGAAGGGCUUUGAUGAACAUAUCACAGGGUGGGGAGGGGAGGAUGUUUUCUUAUAUCAGAAGUAUGUAAAGAGUGAAUACAUGGUCAUCCGUGCCACAGAUCCAGGUAUAUUUCACCUGUGGCAUGAGAAGUACUGUGACCCAAACCUUAGCUCGGAUCAGUACCGUAGCUGUAUUCGUUCCAAGGCCCUUAAUGAGGCGUCUCAUGCUCAGCUGGGUCUACUGGCCUUCAAAGAUGAGAUUGAUGUACAUCGCAGCUACAAACGCAUCAACUUGGUCCCUCCAUCGCAAACAAGAGUAUAGACCUUAACACAGAUGUACAUUUAUGGUUUCGUUUUCUUAAAAAAGACUUUUGCUACUGUGCCACCUAAGAUAAAACUUUCUACUCAGAUCUUUACAAAAGUAAGGAAAAAGGGAUUACACUCACUUUCCUUAUGUAUAAAAAAAAGAAGGCAUUUCACUCAAUGUCUUUAUUCAGGCUGUAAAUUAAAUUUAACAUUAUUUUGAACUACUGUAUUUCAGCUAAAGUUUGGUUUGUAAAAAUAUACUUUCACAAGCAUGCAAAGGCUUUAAAUGAUAUGUUUGAUGCCAGCACUGAAUUUUUUUCUGAUAAUCAAAAAUGAUUAAUCAUCACAAAAACUGUAAGUGCCCGUAUUAAGGUGGAUAAAUCAAUAGGAGUCAAGCUAAAUGUGUCACUUGAAAAGUGCUGAACUUGAGGUGAAAUAUAGUGUAUGAAAUCAGGUCAGCUCACUGUCUUUAAUGGAAUGAGUGGUACUGCACAAUCUUGGCCUCUUAACCUACACAGCAGAUUGAAGAAUGGACGAACACAAAUAUUACUAUGUCUUUAAACAUUCUGUUUUUACUGAUGUCAUACCGAUGCAGAUUGUUCAAACCUGCCACUUACUUGUCCAUCAGGUCAAGUGCUUUAAACACAGCAUGUUCAAACCUGUCACUUACUUGUCCAUUAGGUCAAGUGCUUUAAACCCAGCAUUUUCAAACCUGCCACUUACUUGUCCAUUAGGUCAAGUGCUUUAAACCCAGCAUUUUCAAAUCUGCCACUUACUUGUCCAUCAGGUCAAGUUCUUUGAAACCAGCAUUUUCAAACCUGCCACUUACUUGUCCAUUAGGUCAAGUGCUUUAAACCCAGCAUUUUCAAAUCUGCCACUUACUUGUCCAUCAGGUCAAGUUCUUUGAAACCAGCAUUUUCAAACCUGCCACUUACUUGUCCAUUAGGUCAAGUGCUUUAAACACAGCAUGUUCAAACCUGCCACUUGUCCAUCUGGUCAAGUGCUUUAAACUCAGUGUGUUCUAAAGCUAGUUUUUCACAUGUGUCAUGUAUUUUUGCAAAAUGUAUUUGUAUGUUCAUUAGCUUUUUCUUUAGUCAAGAUUGUUAGUGCUGGAAGAGAAUAUAGCAUAAUCAUGCAAUACCUAUCACAGGAGAAAUUCUGCUCAAAAAUCAGUGGUGAUCACAUCAAAGUUGUCUCCCUUAAUAUAUUAAUGAAGAAAAUAAGUUGAAUAAAUUCCAUGUGUUAAGCAAGUACUAAUUGUUUAUACAUUUAUCAAAUGUCUGUGUUGUAGAUAAUUCUGUUUACCUACAAACACAUACACUAACUGGCAGAGUACAAAAGGUGCACCUUCCUUUCUUACAGGCAAUAGCAGACAGAUAUUUGUUGUACAAGAAUAUGUUUCAAAAGUAUACUUAAAUUUAUAAGCAAAUACUCUAAAUGUUCCUGUAAUGUCAUAAGGGAGGAGUACACUGUUUCUGAUUUACCCUAAGACUCUAGUCCAGGGACAGAGCCUACUUGUAUAGUUAAUGAUGAUGAUAUAUUUUUUAGAUACAACAAUUAGUUCCUUGUUAUUCAGAGGUUGCUUCUUAAGGUUCAUACUUGUUUUCAGUGGAGAAGAGUGAUCUCCCCUGUUAAAAAGAACCUGUCUACAGACUUUCACUUGUUUAAAUUGUCAUUCGAUGCAAACUCAGAACAAUUUACUUCCUGGACUCCUGGAUUUGAUAUUUUAAAGUCAUCAUUAUGGAAAGAAUCGUGUUAAUGAAACUUUUUCAAACUGCUGGCUGAGGUACUAUUCCAGUAUUCAUUUUCUUUUGUGUCAUUUUUGUCAACAUGUUAUAUUCUCAAAACCAAAGAACUUUUUAUAGUCUAGUCUGAAUGUUAUAACUGCUGCAUGAACAAAUACAUACACAGCAGCUGCAUGUUUUUGUCUUUGUUAUACUGUAUACAUGUUAACUUUUUCCAAAGUUGUUAUCUUCAUACAGUUUUCUGUAACUGAUAUUUUUAUACCGGUAUAAAUUCAGGAAGAGGAAUAUAGAAGAGAUUAGAUGUUUGUAUGUAUGAUGCAUUUAUUCAGUUUUACUGUUCACUUUUAGAAGAAAAUGCUUCAAAUUAUUUAUGGAAAAAUAUUACUAAUGAUUAUAUAACUAAUGGAAAAGGCCAUGUACCAAUGAACAGAUAUAAAAAAAACUCGCUGAAUUUGUUACCUUUUUUUCUGGCAAAGUAUUUGCAAAAGUGUUUUGUAUGCAAAUAAUUAUUUUUUCAUUUUACACAGACACUCAUAUUGUCACCACAUGUCCAGAGCGGGAUCCCUGUUCUUGCUUUAUAAUAUGUUGAGUUCUUAACGUAGCUAUACCAGAGAUUUUUGGUCAGAACAAAAAAAAAAAAAAAAACAUGUGGUGCAAAUCCAGUCAUAUUUUUAGUAAAUUAUUGUAGAAUAGCCCAUAUAAUUACCUUCACAAAAUAUCUUGGUCUGUGUUUGUCACUGUAUGAAAUUAGUAAUAAAGUUCUUAAAAUUAUAAUGAUUUCAGUAUAACUUGUUGGAACUUUAGAAUUGAUUAAACACUAUAAAUACAGUGUGGUACAGAUACAAGUGUGAUAUUUACAGCUAGGCAAUAGUUUGAGCUAUUCUUGAUAAAUACAGAAAAAUUUAUUUCGUUUGCAAAUAUAAAUAUUUUGCCAAAAAUCUCUGACAUAGCCUCUUUAUGCACGAAUUACAUAAAUCUUUAUACAGUAAUUCAUUCUUCAGGGAAUUCAUUCUAUGUAUGCUUAUAAAUUAUAUAUAUAUAUAGUUGUAUUGUUGAUCUAUUAUUACAACAAGGUGGUGAUGUUAAAAGGUAUGUCCUGCCUGAUGUCAUGUGUUGCAGGGUUUUCUUUUUUUAUGAGUAUGAUGUCUGUUUUGGUUGUUGUUUUGUUUGAAUGUCCUGCAUUUACUUGUUUGUUCUAAAGGUACUAGUAUCUUCUUACGCAAAACGUAACCAACUAUGUAGGCAAUGCAUACUCUACACCUUUGAAUGGCAGUGGGCUUAAACUGUACAAGAUUGUGCCCAGCGACCAUGGGACUGGUAAAGUAUGGCCUUUGCUGGCAAACCUACUGAAUGAUGUCACAGUGCUUAGAGCAUCCAGAUAUGUUAAUGAUAUCUGUAAUAGGUAUUUAGUACAACAAGAUACUAACUAUAAAACCUUUUUUGUUAUGUCAUUAUAUGUUGUUUUUAAAUACACAUGUAUACUUAUGCCAGACUUUGUAGGUUUAUUGGCAAGCCUUGAGGGCUCAUUUUACCUUGCUAACAGCCCCGCCAGGUGUGGGUAUCUUGACUAGAGUUUGUCAUAAAGACACCUGCAAGCCUCGUCUGUCUGUAGGGACUUGCACCAAAACAUGUCAUGUACAAAGUAUGCAUUUUGCAUUUAGAUUUUCUUUGCAAGAAGGUAAAGCACUGAUGAAACACAUAGUGUGUUUCAUAUGAUUACAUUUUGCAACAUGUUGGGAAUUCCUAUAAAGCUCUCCUAACAAGGUUUAAAUUUAGAGAAAUUGGUCUAAAAUCAUAUAUGUUGAGUAGAAUAGGACUGUACAUCCCUAUUGAAAAGGUACACUUGCACAAGAUUGUCUCACAUGCAUAUUUGUAAAUGUUAAGAACUUUCGUCUUGUAGAAUAAAUUAACACAAUUAUCUUCUGACACGAAUUGCUGGGUUUGUAUCAUUAAGGUAAUUAUACCCAGAACAUUUCUUCUGCUCCAGUAGUUUACUCCUGUUCAGAUUCAUAGACCUUUCUUAUUAAAGCAAGAUCAGAAGUAUUUAUUUUCUCACAAAUAUAUGUAUACAUAUAGGAUGUGAGCAUUUAUACUUUUGUGAUCAACAUAUGUAUGAUGGUACUGAGAGUUCAGAUAUGAAAAAGAAACAAGCUGAUCCUUGUAUACAGAGUACACAGAAUGUUGGUGUAUACAGAAAUACUAGAGUACACAGAAUAGUUCUGCAGAAAGUUGGUGUGUAUGGAAUGGUUAGACAAGAGCACAGUUCUCCCUGUAUUUGCACAUUCUACUUAAAAGUCAUUAUAUGUUUACCUUCAAUAUUAUUCCAGAACACUUUUGUCUGUCUUUUGUUCAUGAAGCAUUGACCCAGACGGCAACAUCUAACAAGAAUUGAAUAAGAUGAAUGAAAUAUUUUUAAUAAUUAAGCUAGAACUGGCAUUAAACCUGGCGUUAUCUUGUUUGAAACCAGAUUCAUUUGAACAUGGGAGAUUCUGUUUUUAUAUGUAACCUUUGUUCGGGAUCUAUUUCAAAUAUGUUAUCAAAUUUGGUUAUUAUUAUAUGGCAUUAAAGCCAUACAUUUGCUGCUCAGUCUUGUACUUGUAUUGCUAUAGAUUCACUGCUGAAGCAUUGUUCUGUACCUCACCACCAUGCCCACACUUUUGGGCUGAUGGGCUCAUCAGCUGGUCUUAGAUUUGCUAUUUUGCCAAUGACAACCUCUACCUCAACUUGUGUCAGACUGAACAUGGAGUCUUUCAAGUAUUCAUGCAUUUAAUUUGCUUUCUAUAAAGGUAUGCAGGAUUGACACUGAUUGGCUGUGCAGUAUGUUAGAGAUCUGAAGUUAAAUACACGGUUUUUGGCUUAACCUUAACCUUGGCCCUCCUUUACACAAAAGGCAGUCAGUGAGGACUACAGAUAUACAGUUGUCACUGACUUGCUGGUGUGAGAAGCAGUCGAGUCCAGGCCAAACUGAGUGUUAGGUACUACACAAGGCUAGAGGAUUCAACCCUACUUCCAUUGGCCACCAACCUGUGUCGACUCCGUAGCCAUGUUUAUAACCUAUACGGCUUUCUUUCUUCCCAUGUUAUAAAACUGUACAAUUUAGUUAACCAUUGGUGAAGUCCGUAUACAUAUAUUUGUCAUUGAGCAGACCUUUCAGAAUUGCGUGUUAUAUUACGUGUUUGUACUUGGGUAAAAUGACCAUAUAUAUAUAUUGCACAAUGCCUGUUGUUUAAAAUGUAAUAAAACGUU